AUGGCUUCUUCUGUUCCCGGACCUCUGCCACUUCCCGACUCGCGGUUUGAUCUCUCCACCUAUUGGGGAAGGGUCCGUCACUGUUCCGAAAUCGCGGACCCAUCCAUGCUGCUCACGACAGAGAACGAUUUGCAGAAAGCUCGCGAUGUGAUUUCUUCGUACCGCAGAGGCGAGCUGAAGCAAACAACUCCUGAGUUUUGGCACGCCAAAAAACAGCUCGACUCUACAGUUCAUCCUGACACAGGCGAGACUGUCUUGCUGCCCUUCCGCAUGUCGUGCUGCGUUUUGUCUAACUUGGUGGUUACCGCCGGUAUGCUGACGCCAGGUUUGGGCACUGCAGGCACCAUCUUCUGGCAGUGGACUAACCAGUCGUUGAACGUGGCCAUCAACUCUGCCAACGCCAACAAAUCGCAUCCUAUGUCCAUGCAGCAGCUCAUCACCAACUACACAAUGGCAGUGACCGCAUCUUGUGGUGUUGCUGUGGGCCUUAAUAAAAUUGUGCCACGCUUGACAAAGAUAUCCGCCAACACUAGGUUGAUCCUAGGCCGUUUGGUGCCUUUCGCCGCCGUUGUGAGCGCAGGUAUCGUCAACGUUUUCCUGAUGAGAGGCGAUGAGAUCCGCAAGGGUAUUUCUGUCUAUGACAAGAACGGAGACGAAGUCGGUAAGUCCAAGAAGGCCGCUUUCCUUGCCGUCGGUGAGACUGCCCUGAGCAGAGUCAUCAACGCUACGCCUAUUAUGGUUAUUCCUCCUUUGCUCCUGGUAAGAUUGCAAAGAAAUGUUCUAAAGGGCAAAUCCCUUGGAAUCCAGACGCUAGCCAAUUUGGGUUUGAUCCUAGGUACAUCCGUUGCGGCUUUGCCCUUCGCGUUGGCCGUUUUCCCUCAGUACCAGGACAUCGAUGUUCACAAGUUGGAGAAGGAUCUAGCGGGAAAGAAAGACAAAGACGGCGAGACUGUCGACAAGGUUUACUUCAACAGGGGGAUCUAA